CACAGACAGAGACAAACAGAUGAUUCAGAGAUAUCACUAGAAGCAGAGACUUAACGUAUAGAGGGCUUGCAGUUGAUGUACGACGCCUUCUGGCAACCAAGUUGGAAGACCACCACAUUCAUUCUAGAAGCAGAGACUUAAUGUAUAGUAGACCUACAUAGAAAGAAAGACUUAGGUAUUGUUAAAGAUGUCAAAGGUAAUCAAUGCUGAACCAGAUAUGAACAAGAAGGUCAAAUUUGACAGAGGUGAGAUGGAGGAGAGGAUUGUGGAUAUCUACGUCAGUGCAGACACCCUGAGAGAUGGUGAGACCAGCACCAAGAGAGAAGAGACAGCAGACACUGCUCCUAAUAAUGGACCAGGAGACCAGCACUCAGAGCCUGAUAGCUCAGUGAAGAGACCCUCCCUAGUUGCUGCAGUAUUUCUGGGGCUGCUGUGUGUUCUACUGGCUGGGAUCAUAGGCCUGUCUGUCUACUAUAACAGAGAAAUCAAAGAUUUUGAGGAUAAAAGGAACAACUUGUUCCAGAGUUUCUCCCUUUUUAAAAUCAACGCAACUGAAGAGAGAGACCAGCUACAGACCAGAUACAACAACCUGACUAAAGAGAGAGACCAGAUACAGACCAGAUACAACAACUUGACUAAAGACAGAGACCAGCUACAGACCAGAUACAACAACCUGACUACAGAGAAAGGCCAUAUUCAGGCAAAGCUUUUUGUGAUAGAGCAGCAUUGUCAGGAGGGAUGGAGAUACUUUGACUCCAGUUUGUACUUCCUGUCUACUGAGGAGAAAACCUGGAAGCAGAGCAGAGAGGACUGUAAGGGGAGAGGAGCAGACCUCGUGAUCAUAAACAGUAGAGAGGAACAGACAUUUGUCUUCAACCUCCACCUGAGAGCCUGGAUUGGUCUGACUGACUCUGUUACUGAGGGGACCUGGAAGUGGGUGGACGGCACGACACUGACCACAGGGUACUGGGGGAAAGGACAGCCUGAUAAUGGUGAGAGAGAGAAAGAGGAGUAAGAAGAAAAUUAAGAGAAUGAGGAAGAGAAAAAAUAAGACAAAUAAUUGUUGUGUUUAGAUUAAGAGGAGAGAAUGUAGACAUACUGUACUCUGUAAAAUGAUUCUUCAUUAUUUUUUAUUAGAAACAUGUCAUGUGAUUUGCCAUAGGCUUAUGCUUAUUAAAAAACAAGUGAGUCCAA